AUGAGGAUUCAAGAAUAUUUUGGAAAUAUCAAGAGAAAGUCAAUUGGUUGGGUAGGAGAUGGAAACAAUAUCAUACAUACCUUGAUGAUCAGUGCGCCAAAACUGGGAAUGAAUUUACAAAUUUUUCCCCCCAAGAUGUAUCGGAUUUCAUCUAAAAUUGCAAGCCAUGCUGCAGAACUCGCCAAAUACUAUGGAACGAGAAUUGAUUAUUAUGAUGAUCCUUCUGACGCUGUCGGCGGUACAAAUGCAAUUGUGACAGAUUUGUGGAACAAUCUUCCGGUUUACCCACUUACCAAAAAGAUGUGCGAUACAGCCGCUGACGAUUGGUGCUUUCUGCACUGUUUACCUUGGAAACCAAAAGACGAGCGCGACGAAUGGUUUUAUUCGGAUAAAUGUCUAAUAUACAAAGAAAUAGAAAACAGGAAAUGGACAAUAAUGUCUGUUUUGAUGAAUUUGAUGGAAGGAUAUAACGUAAGGAACGAUACUGCAAGAUUGGAUCUAUAGAACCUCGAAACCCAAAAUGAAUCUAGAUGGAUUGUCGCGUGGCUUGAAGAUAUUGCUUUCCAAAUGCUAUUUAUAGUAAAUUAUUACUACUCUUUAUCGUACCAGAAUUUGUUACCGCUUCACUUCAAUGUUUAUUUUUGGUAUCGGCAGUCUAUACGUACGACUCUAAAUCUCCAUUAAGUCCUGCAACCAAUUGUCGUUGCUUCAAGAGCAUUUAUUUAUAUUUACGAUGAUGAGAAAAAAUCUUCCUGAAUCCACGCAACUUCAGUUUCAAGUGCUUCCUUGUAAUCAAGAAUACCCGACCUCAUUACUUGUUAUAUAUAUCAUGUAACAAAAGUUUAAACAUAAUUAUUUAAUUUAUUUUAUGAUACAAUAAAAAAUAAGAUAACCAUAUUACAAGACUAAAUAGCUGAUAGAAAUUUAAUCGACUGGCUCCUUUGCCGCCUACUUUAGAGAAAAGGGCGCUCUAGAAGUAUGUGCACCAAGAUGGCGCACAGUCUGAUAACCCUAACUUGGUACACAUACUAUGUUCGGGUUGUGCGCCAUCUUGGUGCACAUACUUUGCGUAUUUUUGGUGCUCUCGAAGUAUGUGCA